AUGGAAGGCCGUGGCUUGACUCUUCGGAGUAAGAACCGCCGGCCAAGGCCUCAGAUCAGUGCGCCGCAGCCCAUCUCCGGCCCCUUGCCCCCGAACACACGAGCGCCCGAUGCUCCCCAGGGAUCGGUGCCCGCAGGUCGUGAGCGUGCUCCUCAGAGCGAAGCCACGUCGGAUCUGGUGAAGCGUCGCUACUCAACUCGGUUCAAUGCUGCUCCAGAAUUCGACGCGGGUGCCCCCCCGGUCCCAGCUCUCCCAUCGCAACCGACCGGUGGCUAUGGUGGGCUGGGAGGCCCAACGGGAGAUUUAAAUCAGCCGCUUCCGGUCGAUGGUGUGUCUGUACCUCUCAAGGUGGAUAUGAACGCACUUCGAGAUCCCAGUCUCCCGGUCGACCGAUACGUGGCCAAUCUCCUCGCAAAUGCGUCCGAAGAGGAAAUCCAGAAGUAUCAAGAAAACCUUCGCAAGGUCAAAAACAGGACCUCUACCGAUUUGCAACAGAAUGUCUACCAAAACCGCACCCAAUUCAUUAAGAUCAGUAAAGAGGCCGAGAAGCUCAAGGACGAAAUGCGGACGCUACGCACCCUGAUGUCCGAGCUGACCACGGCCUUGGGACAGACCUCAGUGGGUAACACACCCAACCCGAUGUCUCCAGCAGAUGAAGUGUUCCCCAAGCGUAACGCAAACCGCAGCUCCGUUGCCAACUUGGAAAGCAUGUGGAGCGUCCAGUUGCAAACUCUAUGGAAAACGGUAGAGGGAUCGCAGAAAUUCUUGCCGGCAGUCCCCGGGCGGCACAUUGUAUUGGAAACGGGCCACUGGGCCGAGCUGGACUCGGCGACGUGGAAGCCGAAACGGCCGGUUCACAUUGUGCUAUUAAAUGACCAUCUACUUGUGGCGGCAAAGAAGCGGAAACGCGUCGACCAGAACCAACCGAAUCAUCGAGGCCCGCUACCGACGAAGCUGGUGGCGGAGGAGUGUUGGCCGCUCCAGGACAUUGAUAUGAUCGAUUUGGCUGCCAAUCUCGGGACGGGGGCGGCUCGAGAGGAAGCGUUGGAUCGGGGGAUCGGCAAUGCGAUCAGUAUACGGGUGGGUUCCAAGCCAUUCACAUACCGGCAAGACAAGCGGGACACAUCGACGAAAAACGAAUUGCUCGCCACUUUUCGUAAGACGGUUGAAGAUUUGCGCCGAACCUUGCGGAGUGAGACGGAGGCCGCGAGUAAGCCUCAUGAUGCUUACGGUUAUCUGGCCGGGCGCCAUCUAUCACACUUAAAGAAACUGGAGCCCAAUGAAUUGACGGAUGGCCCGCGUGACAAGCCCGACUUACGGAUCGAUGUCGACGGCAAACAGCAGAAUCUACGCUGGGUAGAAGGACAGGUGGAUGAGCUGGACAUUGACAUUGCUCUGCAAAACUUCGAGGCGGCAGUGUCGAGCAUUGAGCGGCUGCGGAAGCUUGCCAAGGGCUUGAAGGGCAACGCAAUCGCUCAAGAAGUGAUCAAUGUCAAAAUUGAUGGACGAGCGACGCGUCUGGCGGGCACUCUCUCUCGAUCCUUGGUCGACACGCAUUCUUUCCCAGGUGCCACAAAGACCAAAAUCACUUGGCUCAGCCGCCUCGGCUUUGAAGAUCCAGCGCGUGAGACAUAUUUGAAGGCCCGGACUGAUGUGAUCUCUCAACGAAUCCGGGCUUGCGUCUUCGAGGGCGACCUUCCUCUUUAUAUCUUCCAAAUAUCAUUUGUGUAUUUCACGUUGAUCAAGAAUACCAUCGGUAUCUAUCAACAGUGCUUCCCUAGUGUGAUGACAAGCUCUUGCAUCCGCUGGGCUAAGUCACACUUGGAUGGAUUUAAUGCGUUGCUGAGCCGUCAGCUCAGUAGUGUGCAGCGAGGUACCUCGGUCUGGGACAAAUGUCUCGAUAUUGUGCAUGAACACGCGGCUCUUUUGACCGAAGUAGGCGUUGAUUUCACCGAUCUGGUCGCCCAGGGCCUGGAUGAGCACAAUGAUGAUGGUUCUCGGACCGUUCAGCCGGGUCAAUUGGCCUCAUCCCAGGCACCUACGAGUUGA